CCAAAGUAGCAUCAAGCGACUUGUAUUACCAUUAACAUAAUAUAGUACAUAUUUAUUUAUUUAUUUAUUUAUAUCAUAUUUUUAACUCGCCAAACGAGAAUUCGUUGUAUGUGCGAUACUUUCCUAAACUAGAUUACCAAGUUCCAAACCGAAAAUAUAAAAUAUAUUUAUUGGAAGUGACAGUGUGCAAGUGCCAUAGGAUUAUUCUACCGUUCCAAAAAAGACAGACGUGUACACGAUGGACAGGACGCGGCGGUCCAUACGGAAGACAGCACUGUCUCUUCUUCUGCCACUUCUGUUUGCUAGCGUGAGGUGCGAAGCACCCCUCGUCGAUAGCAGCGCUCUUCCCCUUGAGCACAGAUCGGUUUAUGGUCCCCCGGCGCAAUAUGGGCCCCCGCAGUCCCACGCGGCGGAAGAGAACUGGCCCCUGGCGUCGCCGGACACGCCGCAGAUAAAGCACCUCCAGGUACAGUGCGAGAAGACGCACAUGCGGGUCAACAUCGAGUUCGACAGGCCGUUCUACGGGAUGAUAUUCAGCAAGGGCUUCUACUCGGACCCUCGGUGCGUGCACCUGAAACCUGGCACGGGUCACCUCAGCGCGACCUUCGAGAUAUACCUGAAAUCCUGCGGCAUGAGCUCGUCCGCCAAUCACAACGUCGCCGCCUACGGAGCGCCGACGCCCUCGGGCAGCUACGUCGAGAACACGAUAAUUAUCCAGUACGACCACUACGUCCAGGAGGUCUGGGAUCAGGCCCGCAAGCUCCGCUGCACGUGGUACGACUUCUACGAGAAGGCCGUCACCUUCAGGCCCUUCCAAGUCGACAUGCUCCACGCCGUCACGGCCAACUUCCUCGGCGACAAUCUUCAGUGCUGGAUGCAGAUCCAGGUCGGCAAGGGACCCUGGGCCUCUGAAGUAUCUGGAAUCGUCAAGAUCGGACAGACCAUGACCAUGGUCCUAGCUAUCAAGGAUGAUGAGAAUAAGUUCGACAUGCUUGUAAGAAACUGCGUGGCUCACGACGGCAAGAGGGCUCCGAUUCAACUCGUUGAUCAGUAUGGAUGCGUUGUUCGACCCAAGAUUAUGUCCAGGUUCCAAAAGAUAAAGAACUUCGGGCCGAGUGCAUCCGUGGUCAGUUUCGCCUACUUCCAAGCGUUCAAGUUCCCGGACAGCAUGAACGUCCAUUUCCAGUGCGUGAUUCAAGUCUGCCGGUACAACUGCCCGGAGCCCAAGUGCGGUCAUCCUGGUCUUGAGUACGGAGCACCAGCCGGCCUCACCCAGGAAUAUGGCGUGCCUGUCGGUCCCCAGAGUCUAGGCCAGAUCAACUCCGAUUAUGGAGUGCCUCCGGUGCCGGAGUAUGGCGUUCCUCCGGCCUAUCCGGACCCGAGGCAUCCCAGUGGCCCUGCAGGAGCGUUCAGCGAGCCAAGUCCCGACGUCGUACCCGCACCGCAGGCCCAGGCCUCGUCUUCGUCCCCGAGCUCAACGCCCGGAGAUUCUACGGCGAGCAGCGCACCCCAGAAUUCGCAGGAUGACCGCAUCCACCUUCCGCCACCUCCGCUACCAGGACACCCUGCAGCUGCCUACCAGACUGUCAAGAGGAAAGGAACCGUCGGCCCCGACGAACUCGAGGGCAAUCUUGCCACUCUUGGAGGUCGCCCGAGGUCCGUUGAAGGACUUCCCGCUGAGCUCAGAGGAGCCCGGAGGCGACGAGAUGUGUACGCCAAUGUGGAUGAUUUCUCUGACAUCUACCAGACGGUGAACUUGGGUGUUUCCCACGUGUACAAACGUGCUGCCCAGGAAAUGACGGACGUUAACACAUCCAGGAUAAUCCAGGUGGUCGCACCCGGAGACGUGAACUUUGCGCUUGGAACGAACGCGGGCAACGACUCGACGGUGGUGAUACAGAACGCGAGUACCACCGAUUCGGAAACGAUCUGCAUGUCGCUGCCAGGCUUCGUUGCCGGCUUGGUGAUGCUGUUAUUGGUCGUGGUGGUCGCUUCCCUGGUGGCAGCCUUCCUCUUCGUCAGAGUGCGCGCCGUGGACCGGAAGAACGGAAACGCGUCGCCGGGCUUCGUGCAUCCAGCAUUCGCAGAUAACUGCAACGUCAACCCGGAAUUCGUCAAGGUCGCGAACUGAGGAUCCGCCGCGGAAACGAAACGAUCACAAGAUUGAACGAUUAGCGAUCAACGAAUCCCUUCGGGCCCCGAAAACCAUCCACUGCGCUCUCGAACGACACUGGCUCUCGGCCAUUGUUAGUUUUCGUAUCAUGAGAACAUCGUUGCGUCGACGUUAACUUAGCGUAAGAAUCUGUAUUUGUGCUUGAAAACGGUAGCCUCUCGAUAAGUGUCCGCCGUAGGGGCUGUAGGGGAGGUAACCGGCCGGAAUUGGGCUCUUAACGAGAGGCUGCUACGCGCGUUGGAUCGGCCGAAUGAGGAGAGAGUUAUAAGUGAUAUUUGGGGCUCGAUAUAAAGAUGUAUAUAUUUAUAUAUUAUAAAUUCACACUUCGCGUUACGGUGCUCGCUGUCGUCUCGAGGGGCGAGUUGUACAUAUACAUAAAAUGCACAAUCGUGCGUGACAAUGAUACACACGUGACAUGUCGUACGCCCUCUGAGAUGACAGCCGACGUCUUCUUUUGAUAUUUUUCCUCCUUUCCUUUCGUGACGAUCACCGUGAGCUCACUCCUUUCUUUACUCUUCAAGCUGAACGCUUAUCCACAUUACGUCAUCAUUCGUACCUCAUUUAUUUACGCCCGUGUUUUCCUUGUCAAGUUGUCGUAUACUUAUAUAGUCAAUAGCUGGCUAGAUUAAUGUAAGAGAAACUUUGGCAAGCAAGACGAGCGGGUGUGUCACCGCAGCAGUCUGACCAAGAUAAUUAUAUUUAUGAUAAUAUUACAUAUUUAUUUUACUUUCCAUACGUACUCUGUCGGUAUGUAUACUAAAUAUAAAACGUUACGCGAUCAUUCUUUUCACUUGUUACUUUAAACAAGAAGCAAGCUCUAACCCUAACUUAUUUAUCCGUGAAAAAAAUAACGAAGAAAAACAAUCAAAACUGUGGGUUUUCUUCUUCGUCUCUAUACAUGUAUGUAACUUUACCCUGUAUAUUAAUUUUAAGUAUAUACACAAAUACGAUAUAAGUAUAUGGAAAAGAAUGAAGCAAAUGAAAAAAUGGCGCAAAAAAAAAACCAUUUCCGUUCCACACGGGAAUAUGUAUUACGUACGUGUCUUGAGCACACAAAAAUUGUCUUAUAUACAUAAUUAAUAUUAUGUUUGAUAAUCAUUAAUUAAUUAUACGGUAAUUUUAUUUAUAUAA